AUGCAUCCGCCAGUAGAAACAAACCCGUCACACAGAUCGCAUUUGCAUGGCCCAUGUUUUGCAAAAUUUUUAGUAAAUAAUAGCGCAGCAGGAAGCUUGAUUGGUAAAAAUGGAAUAACGAUCGCUGCUACUGAGCAGGAAACCGGAACUAUAAUGAAGUUAUCUUCUACAACAACAUUUUUCCCCAAUACCCAAGAUAGAAUAUUGACCAUAAGUGGGAGUGAACAGUCCGUAUGCAAGGCGAUUCUCCUCAUAAUAGACAAAAUUUGUCUUCCUUAUCACUCUGUCCACUCACGUAUCGCCGAAUGUGAAGAAACGCUACACUUUCUUGACGACUCCAUGAAUACUCGCUAUAACAAAGCUACCAAAUCAGACAUAUCAGUCAAGCUCAUUGUACCAAAAUCAUCAAUCAGUUCUAUAAUAGGCAAAGGCGGGUCUAGGAUUCGUACCAUUCAAGAUACCUUAAAUUGUCGCAUCCAUGUUUACAACCGCGCCAGCGGGACAUCUGAAAGGAUUGUGGUCUCCAUAGGGGAGUUGGAUUCCCUCAAAAAGGCAGUCAUAGCUCUAGUGCUAAUAUUUCAAAAUGAUACAAAUCUCAAGGAAUAUGCCUCUGUAACGUAUCCUAGCACCCCUAAUAGUUAUAAGCAUCAUACAACUUACAUUGACAUUGUCAAUAAACUUGAACUUACCAAUACAAUUUGCAAGAUAUCGAUUAAUAUACCAGAGGCAAGCGUGAGUUCUGUUAUUGGUCCAAAUGGAAGUUCAUUGGACCAAGUCAUUGGUGCUACAGGUACUCAGAUUAAGAUAUUUCCAAAGGACCCGACAACUUCCGGGUCUAAUUACCGCAAGGUAACACUGACGGGAAGUGUGGCGGCAGUACACAUAGCACAUGCGCUCAUUUUGAUGAAGAUAGGAGGGCUUAAUAAUAAUAAUAAUAAUAAUAAAGAUGUAUUUUCAUUCGAAGACUUCAACGACGACUUACGCAACAUACGUUAUGACUGCAAUAGCUCAAUAAACAAUUCUUACAAUUACAAUUCACCUUUUAACAACUCUGUCGGUCACUUGGGCAGUAAUUCGAUAGAUCAUUCAUUAAAUCAGUCAAUAAGCCAAACAACUACUCUCAGCAAUUCAUUGAAUAAUUUCAAACUUUCUGGGAACGAGGAGAGAGAUCCAUUUCGAUUUAACGAUAGCCUCUCAUCUUUUGACAUAACUUCAUCGAGGGAAUGGAAAUGGAACACACUGUGA